AUGGACCUCGUUCAGAAGGAGCAUGAGCGCCUCUGGAAGCGCCUGCAGAGCUCCAAGGGCAUCAGCGAUGUCCAGGCGACCAUCGAUCUGCUUCAGGAAGCACGCGAUACCAUUGCCGCCGAUCCAACAAAGGCUUCGAUCACGUUGGCCAAGCUCCAGAAUCCCGUGAAGGCAUCCUUCGACGCCACGAACGAGAGUCUAAAGGAAACCCAUAGCAGCUUAAACAAGUACACGAAAGCACUCGACAAGUUAUUCAAAGAUCGUCCAUUACCCAGCAUCGAAUAUGACGCCCUUUCGUCUUCGCCCGCGCUCGUGAACCGAGCGAUAGCCAUGCAUCUCCUGCGAGAAGGCCAGUUUUCGGUGGCAGCUACGUUUCUCUCAGAGGUCUCAGAGAAGAUGGCAUCUGCCCAGCCUGGAAAUGACGGGCAAGGUCGCCCCGAAGAUGCAGAUGCUCUGUCACUGGAGCAGAUUCAGUCCGGAGAAAUUCGCAAGCAGUUCGCCAACAUGUAUGAGAUUCUACAUGAGCUGAAGGAGGAGUCGAAUUUAUUGCCAGCCAUACAAUGGGCGAGGGAACACAGAGAAGCCUUGGAGGCAAGGGGCAGCAAUCUCGAAUUUGAGCUUUGUAGGCUCCAAUUUGUCUGGCUGUUUCAUGGUGGGAAAGACCGACAGGGGUCAUUCGUGUCCGGUCGACAGGCCGCCUUGGAGUAUGCCAGAAGGGAAUUUCAUGUCUUCCUCCCUCGAUAUCAGCGGGAAGUCCAGCAGCUCAUAGGAGCCAUGGCCUUCUGCCCCAAUCUCGAGGAUUCGCCCUACAGGGCCAUAUUCAACAACCCGACUGCCUGGACGGAUGUUGCGCACUCCUUUACCCGAGAGUUCUGCUCGCUUUUGGGGCUUUCUGCGGAUUCCCCUCUGUACAUUGCGGCAACCGCCGGGGCCAUCGCGCUCCCUACCCUUCUCAAGCUGCAAACCAUAAUGAAGGCCAAGAGGACGGAGUGGACCUCGCAGAACGAGCUACCAGUCGAAAUUCCCCUUCCGCCAUCGUAUCUAUUCCAUUCGAUUUUCGUAUGUCCCGUCUCCAAGGAACAGACCACCGAUCAGAAUCCGCCGAUGAUGAUGCCAUGUGGUCAUGUCAUUGCGCAAGAGUCCCUCACACGGUUGAGCAAGGGUAGCAAAUUCAAAUGCCCUUACUGCCCCAACGAGAGCCACCCCAGGGACGCGCGCAAGGUGUUCCUAUAA